AUGCCUGCUGAUGACCCGUUUGCUUUCCUGCCUGCCGAGCAGCCCAAGCCUGUGAAGAAGACCUCCCUUUGGAGAGAGAAGCUGUUCUCCAAGGAUAAGAACAAGGGCGCUGUGGCAGACAGACAAAUCGAAGACUUCCUUGCCUCCAACCGCCCCCGAGCCGAGUCUCCUAUCGCGACCAAGGCAGAUCCUAGUCAACCCCCGCCCACCGUAUCCACUCAUCGAAUUCCCUCCUCACACGAUGUCUCCAAUGCACCACCACCGCAACCACCUUCCGCGACCGAGAGCUAUGUCGCCUUCAGUCCGAUAGCAGAGGCUCAACAUCAAUACUCCCAGAAACCCCAGCAAUCCCAGCCCCACCUACCUCAGCAAUCCCAGCUACCCCAGCAGCCUCAACCCCUGCAACUCUCCCGGACCAAAACCCGACGAAAGAACAAGGGACUGCGUGUGGGCUUCUCCGAUCGAGCGCCUGAAGUGAUUGGGGAGGGAGGAGAUGAAUCGGAGGCACCUACGAUCGAGAUCUCCUGGUCCAGACAACGUGCUCGUGACCGACAGGCGACACAAGUCAAGCGCGCGCCGUCGCGCUCUCCAAAUCCGUCGAGAGACGUGCCAAGUCUGCGGGUGAACACAUCGCUGGGCGAUGGGGAUGAAGCAAACCUCCCACAAGACCUACAGAGUGGGACAUCGCCGAGUCGAAGACCCCUAGUCGAAAACUCCAGCGACACAGACCUCUUAAAUACCCUACACAUAACUAAGCCUGGGUCCCGGCUAUCUUUCCGAGGGUCUUCCGACUCGCAUUCGUUUGCGGAGCGAGUGCGGAAUCAGAUGCAGGUGGAGGAAGCCCGAGCUUUGCAUAAUCGGUACGACGAUGGUUCAUCCCCGGUGGAUGACGACGAGUACGAGAAUGAUGAUCUAUCAAGUCCCGUUCAACCUUCACACAGUCCCCACAGUCGCAGUCCCCAUAGCACCCACGAGUCAGAGUCACUCUAUGAGACCCCUGUCUCGUACACAUCUAACGCCCCCUCGGUCAAAUCGAUCGUCCACUCUAUUCGACAUCCCCCUAGCCCGGCAGUCAGUCGAACUGCUACCAAUCUCAGUCCAGUCGACCCGCGACUACCCUCUCAGUUAACGCCAGGAAGCCCAGGAACGGUCGUGCCGACACCACCAAAGUUCGCUCAGGCUGCCCCAGCGGCCCCUCCGCAGGCCCUUGCCCACGAAACUUCAACGAGAAACCAGCUUGGUGCAAGUGAGACGACUCGCGAACCAUCGCGAAGCCCCCAACCACCCAAAUUCUCGCUGCGGAAUGUGGCUGCUCAAGUCGGCGACACUGCAUUUGCAGAUUUUAAAGGCUACGCAGCCCGGUACGACAGUCUCCUUCAACUUGCUGCAGAGAGCGUCAAGCCGCUUAUGGAGACAUCCCUGGCGGAAUGGAUCCGGGCCGCGAUCUGGUGGUUUUUGAGAGGAAAGACCCGAUUGGAGACCUAUGCGCGCACUCGGGCCAAUUGCCCCCCUAGCUACGCCAAACAAGCCGUCGUAGACCUUGGGAAGGCGCUCUGGAUUAACGAAAAUGUUGUACCAGCUCACCCCGAGCUCUCUAGGUAUGGCCAGCAGAUGGGAAUUGACGCGCUUUUGGCAGUUGCAAACACAACGGGCGAUAAGGAGAUGGUGGAUCUCCUCAGCCUGCAUCAGACCAUCCUCAACCAUUUGCGGUCGCUGUCGAUGUCGAUCAAGCGCAAUAACAUCAUUGCCCUCAUCGAUGAAGAUGAUGCCUCUCCUAACCAUUUGGAUACCAGUGUCUGGUUACGCUAUCCGUUCUUUGCACCAGAUGUGUCGGCGGUGCUAUCGGGAUCGGCCACGAGAUCUAUGUUGGCCGAUAAACCAGGAAAGACACCGAGUAUGGCCUACAUGAUGUCCCUUGGUGACACCGCCCGCUAUUUCAGCUAUGGCAGCAUGUUCGUUCAGGCCUCUGUGAGCUCCAGCGAGGAUGACAGUCAGCAGUACGCCAUGCCAUGUUGCCUUGCCAUUAUUCGAGAAAGAUCAGAUUGGUACGUGUUCGCAGCGAUCACGAGUCAAAGCCAACUUGUCAAUAUUAUGAUCCAAUCCGAUCGCAAGCAGGGCCCUACUUGGGAUGAUGUGGAAUGGCAAGCCCGUAGUUACUCUAUGCGAGUUAAGCUUCCUCGUGGAUUUGAAUUGGAUGUGAUGUUCAAAGAGGAAGAUUUCAAAACCCUCUGGAACAUUGUCAAGUACACCCAGAAAUCGGAGGCGAGUCUUGCCCCGGAGGCGGGCGAAACCGUUGUGUAUGAAAAUACAGUGAAGAUGUUCCAAUACAUGGACCCUGGGACUACCAAGGCUUUCCCACCUGAGCCGUUGGAGCGUUGUCGAAUUCGCUUAUUCGAGCGAUCGGUCACAAUCAAGGAAGGCACUGGAACGCGCAAUGCACACCGUGGAUUCCGCUUGACCGUUUUGACUAGCCCCAAGGUGAAAACUCUCAGUCAUGUGAAGCAUAUUCUAGCCCAUGGCACACCCGUGGUGUUCGGCCUUCUGAGGGGAGAAGAUGGGUCCCCUGCACUUGUUCUCAAGGUCACGGAAGACGGCCGCACAAGAUCCAUGCUUUUGACAUUCCACGAGGUCGAAGAACGCACCAAAAUGCAUGCCGUGCUAUUAGGCAUGAUCCCGCGCGAAUUAGAGUCUAAGAGUCGCGAAAUUCCUCUCCGAUCAUAUGCCAUUGAGGAACCGGCCGACCAAGCAAGCGGUCGGUCAGCUGUCACCCAUCUACAAUUCCCAGCUGGAAAUGUCUUUGUUAUUGAUCAGACACACUCGUACGUGGAUCAUGGCUAUGGCGCAACAAUUCUGUCGGAGAAUCUGCGAGCCUUUAUCGCUACCGAAUGGGGAUCGGUUACAGAUCGCAUCAAUCUAGGACCCGGAGAGCUCAAGAUUGGCCUGGAUGUCAAUCGAAAGACUGGAAUGAGCUUGUUCCGACCAGCCCAGCAGGAUCUGACGGUUUCGCUGGCUGACAACCUCAUCAAGCCAGAGCUGCCGGGGCAAGUAGCAGGCUUCCUUGAUAAGGUCACCACUACGCCAAUGGUCCGUCGAUUAGAAUUUGCUUCUAUGAACGAUCUCCAUUCCUUCGAAGAAGCGGUCACUGGGUUCCGUGUCAUGUAUGACGGUAAUGCUUCGUGUUUCGCCAUCUCUCGCCGUCGCAGCGUUGUCCCGAUCUAUAAGAAAUGGGAGGCCAAUCUCGCACGAAUCCAGAUUGUGAAACAGGAGAAAAUCGUUCAGCUGAUUGCUUUCUUCUCGGAAUUCCAGCAUGGUACUUGCAUGAAUUUCAUCCUUAAGGGCACUGACCAUAUCGAGUCCUUUGGCCGAUCUGGCAAGUUCGGAAUUCGCAUUGUGGAUGCCAAAUUCGCACUUCCAAAGAAGGACGAUGAUCCAGCCUCCCACUUCGUUUGUCUAGACAUGCCCGAGUAUCCGAUCGAACAUGACGACCUCACUAUUACGUUCGAUUCGGAAGUUGACCGCACCAACUUUAAGGUGGCUUUGCCCGGAUCUGUCCGUGAACCUUCUCGCAUGGGAUCACUGCGAAGAUGA